AUGUUUGCGAGGUGGUAUAGGGGAUCAAAGGCCAAGAGCCCAGCCCCGAAAGCAGAUGCUCCGCGCGGUAGCAUCCUCGACGCCGUGCUGAGCGGUCGCGUUACGAAAGCUUCCUCUUCAGCCGGGCCAAAGGACAAGUGCUCGCGGAUAGCCGUAGCCAAGCACUUCGGCGAUGACGACGAAGACGAGCUGGCGGCCGAUCCAGUCAAGCUGGAGGAGUUGGACGAGAGUGGCUUUCUGGAUGCGGUUCCGGACAUCGCCCAACACAACCAAGACAUGCCAGAUGCGGACGCGGACGCGGACGCGGACGCGGAUGCGGAUGCGCAAUCCGAGGCCGAGGAGAGCGAAGACGAUGAGGUUAUGGGCCUCAUGGGCACUGACGAAUACGAAGAGGACACAGAAAGCGACCAAGUCGGGAGCCACAGCGCCAGCCCGGAGCCGGCAGAGGACGGCUGGGAGAUCGACCCAGAGGUACUCGACCAGUACGAGGCAUCCAAAAGAGCAAUGAAGCAGCACGUGCAGUGGACCAAGGAAGAAGCCAGGCUUCAUAGGCUACUCUCCCUGCGAGGUUUCUAUCCCCUGAUGCCCGCUAGCUGGAAGCCGGACUUCGCCGGCGUGCCCAUGCUGUAUCCCGCCAUCUUCGCACAGCCCGGCAACCGCAAGCCCGUCCUCAUCCAUCACAAGGCGGGCCAGUUUCGAGCAACAAAGGCAAUGCGUAGCAUCUUCGACUUGCAGGCUCGAGUCAGCGGUCUCCGCCAGGUGGGAGCGACGCGGAAGAUCGCCCCGACGAUCGAGAAGGAACUGCGGCGCUACCUCCAGUGGGCCAAGCAGGACGCCGGCCUGGACCGCUACGACUACAAGUCCAACAUCGCCAUCAAGCGGUUCAGCGCCACGCGCCUCGCCGGCGGCGACCUGGCGGAUCGGGUCGAGGUCUUCUUCAGCCAGUGGGCGUCCGCCUACCGCGAGAGCUACGCCGCCGCGCUGCCCGAGGGCGUCGAGCCCCCGCGGAUCCUCUACGGGUUCGUCGUCGUGCAGCACCUCGUCACCCUGCUCACGAUCGACGCCGCGAGGCCGGGAGCCAAGCCGCGGUACUUUGCCGAGUGGAACAUGUCCAAGGAGGGCAGGUGGCUCGACUCGAGCCUGAACAUCGCGAUCCCCGUGCACAUGGCCAGAGAGGCGAUGCUGCGGAUAGCAGACCGGCUGCCGCUGGUCCCCGUGAUAGAGAUCAGCGAUGACGACGCCUGA